CUGACCUAAUUUUCUAAGGCCUGGUGGUGAGCGACGGCGCCGACGGCGGAGGUGAGGGCGACAAGGAUGGAGUUCCUGAUGCAACCUAUAGACGGAUCUAACUUCCUGGAGGAAGUUGGGGAGAGUUUGGUGUCGGUACCGGAGGGGGCGGAUGCGGUCGAUGUGGAGAUGGUGGCAACGCAGGUGACGGAAGGACAUCAGUUGGCGGUUGAGGAUCAGCCGGCAGCUACAGGGGAGGCGCAGAUCUUGAUGCUCAGUGAAGGAGCGCGGGAGAGGAGGGACGUGUCUCCACCAAGCUCGGAGCUAUCUACUGGGAAGAUGAACCCACGAGCUCCUGGAUGGAAUAAGAGGUUGAGGAUCGGUGCCGCUGCACCAAGUCGGCCGCCUUGCCCAAACCGUGUCACUGCAUUUGAGAAGGCUGUUCGAAACUAUGCUGAGAAUCCAAGAUACAAUGUGAUCACACCGACUAUUGGCACGACCUUUGAUUUUGUAGGAGAGGCCUGUGACUUUUACAAUUUGUAUUCAUGGGAAAAGGGGUUUGGUAUCAGAUAUGGCAAGAGUCGGCUAAAUGUAGAGAGGAUUAAAUGCAUGCAAGAAAUCGUCUGUGGUUGCUCGGUUAGUAGAAAUUGUUUUCUAUAUCCAGUGUUCAAUUUCCUGGUGUUGCUGAAACCUGACGUUAACUGA